CACAUGUCGGAGUAGCGAAGGAUUUUGCUAAAGGCGCCAAUGGAUUCAGACACUAAUAUUUUUUUACUUUCCUAAUAAAUACAAAAUUUAAGUUAUAAUUCAAUAAAAUUAAAUACGCUAAUCAAAAGUGCAAACUAAAACUUUCAAAGGGAGAAAAUGGUAGGCUCAAAACAUAUAAAUAAAUUAGCGGCGAAAGAAAGGAAGAAUUUAUUGAGGCGAUGUGCUCUAGCAAGGCCCAAUGAAAUGGAAUGCGAGGACGUAGUUGUAGUAGCAGGGCCUAGCACAUCAGUCGCUGUCAAACAAGACGACUUUUUGAUGGAAGCCUUCGCAAAGUCGGAAUUCCAUUUCGACCUGACCCAAGGAUCCCCACCCAACGAUCGGGUGGGUGAGCUGACGAAGAGGGUCCGGGCUUUGGAGGAGAAGCUGGAGGCCAACACAAAAACACUUGAAGCCAAUACAAGGCAGUUGGCAGAAAGCACCCACCAGGUGUCAAAGCUAGCGGCCUUGCUGCAACUUUUUCUCAAGGGAAAGACAAAAAAAGUAGCAGUCGAUGUGGCGUUCCCGGUCUCUAACGAUGAGGAUCUCUUAGAUUUAGACCUAAAGAUAAGCUCAGGGACUAAAGGAGACUAUAUUCAAGCCAUAACUACUCUGUUGGAGCGCAACAAUCUGCCAAAGGCAAUUAAAAGUGUGUUGGCAGAGCCCCUGCUAUGUGAAUACAAUAUAGAUGGUGUCAACGGAAAGAAGGCGUUGAAAACAUUUCCGGAAUUCUUUUCAGUUUUAAUCGAUAGCAUCAGUUCGUUGGAUUGCCAGCAGCCGGCGGAGAAGGCCCUGGCACACGCCCUAUCUUGUGUUAAGAACAACGCUAAUAAGAAAAAGAAUAAAAAAUAGAUGGUAUCCACCUCUUCAAAAAUAAAUACAAAUUUUAAUUGCA